AUGUCAUUGACCACCACAUCUCUCUCCUUCGCAUCACGACCAAUCACUUGCUCACGACGAUUGCCACCAUUCCGCCAGAUUUUUUCAACUUCAUGGAGACAAGAAGACCACUACAAAACUCUUGGGCUUCCUCAUGGUGCCAGUAAAGCGCAAAUCAAAUCACAUUUCUAUAGACUAAGCAAAAGACACCAUCCUGAUGUCUCCAAGGACCCCAAGUCACGAGAGAUCUUUCACUCUGUCAGCGAAGCGUAUUCUGUGCUAAACAAUGAUCGAGAACGCCGUGCGUACGAUCGCAGCCUUCUCCACCGAGCCCCACCAACACCUUCACCAUAUCCCUAUUCUCCCCGCUCACCAUCAUCAAAAGGGCCUAGGGCUAGCUACGCAUGGGAGUACUCAAAUCGUGCUAGAGGUUUUGCACAACGGAAGCCUCCACCAGCUCCGGACUAUGACUACGGUGGCGCCUACCGUCGGACGCAGAGCUCACAAGACUCGCCUCCAGGGCAAGGGAGACCGUAUACCCCACCAUCCUACCACGAUGUCUUGACUGGCGAACGAAGGAGGCUGGAAGACAGGGAGCGAGAGAUGGACAGGGUGCGAAAUGAGUCGACGGUGUACCGGGCAAUACAACUCAUUAGCUUUCUUGCGCUGAGUUUUGCCAUUUUCGGUGGUAUGAAGUCUCACAGUUAA